CUGCUGCUGCUGCUGCUGCCAGCCUGUGUCUGUGCAUCCUCACCUGGAUCGGUAUAUAAAUCAGAAUGGGAGCUCCUGAGCACUGGAGCUGCGACAUCAGCCUGCUGCUUUCCUUAAUAGUCAUAGUGUCUACAGUCUAUGCAGGGGACCCUUUUGACUACCAGCUAGGGGACAUCACUUCUUGCAACAAUCAAUGUGAGCUCCUCUUCAAGCACAAGAAGUCAGCAGAAGAUGUCAUUGGAGCUUGUUCUAGAGGAUGCAGGCUGUUCUCAAUAUGUCACUUUGUUGAUGUAACUUCUGAACUGAACACUACAAGAGUUGAAUGCGAGUCAGCUUGCGUGGAAGCCUAUGUCAGAGCAGAUGAACAGUAUGGAUGCAUCACUGGGUGCCGGAAACAGCUUCCAGAAAUGGAAAGCCAGAAAGAAAAGAUCCUGGAUCUCCGGCUUCCCUCAGCUUUCUCCAUGUUUGACAUGAUCUCAGGAUUUUGCAGUGAUAUUGUCAGCUCUGCUCAAAGUUUUAUUUCCUCUACUUGGACUUUCUACUUGCAAGAGGAUGAUGGGAAAGUAGUGGUGUUCCAGUCUCAGCCAGAAAUUGAGUACCCAGUUCUAGAGCUUCAGGCUCCUAGAUCAGAUGUCACAGAGAAGACUUGGCUGUCAUCUAAGCUCAACACCCUAAAACCACACACAGGUCUCCAGGACAAAAUUGAGAAACCUUCUGUAAAGGACUCAAAGGUGAAGCACAAGCUACCCCAUAUGGAAGCACCACAGUCAGAGCAUGAUUUCCUGGGUUGCAUGUCCAAGCGCUCAGGGUUGCCACGCUGGAUUCUGGCUGCUUGUCUCUUCUUGUCUAUCAUGGUGAUGCUUUGGCUUAGCUGUGCUAGUCUAGUGACUGCUCCUGAUCAACACAUAAAGGCUCAGCCGCUGAGCAUUAACGGUGACAAAGAAUAUCUUGAUGACGUGGAGAAGCCCGUGCCCUUCCCUUUGCAACCAGUUGUUGCGGUUACUAUCUGUCCUACUGAGGAAAGUGAGGAGGCAGGACCACUCCCAGUCAAGGUUGACCUGGACAAGACCAUCAUCUAACACAGUCUUGUGUAGUACUAGAGGGGGUGUGCACCACAAUGUAUUGUAAUCCCCUACAGCAUUAGAGGGGAUAAUUGUCUGUCUCUUUUUUAUUGGGUUUCAGGAUUUUACUCCCUUUGCUUUCUUUGUUUGCGAAGCAUAGCUAUGGUUUAAGUACCACAACAACAAAAAAAAACUGUUAGUUUUUGUGGUAUUUACCUAGGUGAGUGAAAGGCUCCAGUAGCCCUUGAUGGUUCUCAUCAAUAAAAAGAUUCUUUAGAGGCUGGCAAGAUUUUCUUUCUAGAUGUAUUUCAAAUGAAAGGCUAUAUAUAAUAACCUCUAUGCUUGUUUCUAGUACAUGAAGAACUGGAUGUAAAGUCACAUGUUUUAAAGCGAAACUUAAAAGUUACAAGGCAGAGACUUCUUUAAUGGUUAAAGAGACCUUGUCAUACCUCUGUUGGAGGACUCCAUAUAUACAUUUUAGUGCAGAUAAUGGCAUGUGAAGCUUAUGGGAAAACUCUUUUUAUAGUUUCUAAGCUAUGUCCUAUGGAGUUACAUUUUUAUUGCGGAUUAAGAGACCCAGAUUUUGGCACAGGGCCUUGUGAGCCUUUGAGGGUGUUAGUCUUUUGGCAGCUGCCGCUUGCUCCAUUGCGGAAAACAGACCUGGUUACCGCUAUGAACUAUGCUCAGUGACCCAUUUAUUUACAGCAGACAAUAAUUCAUUUUCCCCCAUACUGUAUUGGUCAUUCACAUGUGCUUAUGUGAAAUUCCUGCUAUAGCAUGAAUCCUGUUGUCAACUUUUAUCCCUAUCAUGUUUGCUAAAAAAUAAUUUAAAGGCAACCAUUUUGUGUGUGAAUUGUGAUGUGGCUUUCACAAAAAAAAUUCUGUAUUUUUAGAGGUGGCCCUUUAUUGUAAUCUAGUGUGUAGUGUUUGAUCAUCUUUAAAUGCAACUUUGAGUUCCACACAACAAACAAGAAUCUCAAAGCUGCAUCACAGUUGAAGAGCUGACACUCUUCUUGUAAUGUGUAAUAUUUUACAACACUAUUAGGUACAAGGCUACAAA